CCAACGCCGUCGUUUUGUCGUAACAUUGGCGCACAUUCGCCAUAAUCGUCAAUAUUCUUCCCUGGAGAAAACAUGAAGCAGCAGUAAGAGCGUCGAACAAGUAGAGAAGAGAGAGAUAGAGUGAGUGAAUUGAAGAAAAUGGCGUGGACAGUGGCAGCUCACUUCUCUUCAUCUCCAAUCGUCGCUUCUUUCUGGGAGCUAGAGCCGAAAACAAGUUCUCACUGUGUAGUUUCAAGUCUACGGUCUAUGACAGCAUCAUUCAGAGUCAUGGCCUCUGCCAGGAAUUACACCGCCUUACAGAGUCGGGACUCUGGCCACCUGAUUAGAGUACCAUCUAGGGAUUUAUUUGUUGUAUUGCCCCUUUAUUCUGAUGUAAGUUACUGUCCUCGAACAUUAACCGGCUACUGGGUCGGACCCGACACUGAGGAUGGUUGGGGUUUUGUAGAAGCCUUUAUUGAUAAAAUUCUCUGAUUCUUUGUUGCUUA